CAAAUCGUCCCACCCCACCACCUCCCUCCCACCGACAAUGGAUCUUACGAAUGACACCACGGUCAUCACAGACAGCGACUUAUUGGAUGACUCCUCAACCCGCAUCCUGACUGGCUGUUUCCUCUCGCUGCUCAUCCUCUCCACGUUGCUCGGCAACAUCCUUGUGUGUGCCGCCGUCACCAAGUGCCGUCACCUGCGUUCCAAAGUCACCAACUUCUUUGUGAUCUCGUUGGCCGUCUCCGACCUCCUGGUCGCUGUGCUGGUGAUGCCGUGGAAGGCUGUGACGGAAGUCGCAGGGUUCUGGCCGUUUGGCUCGUUCUGCGACACUUGGGUGGCGUUCGACAUCAUGUGCUCCACGGCAUCCAUCUUGAACCUGUGUGUGAUCAGCGUGGACCGUUACUGGGCAAUAUCCAGCCCGUUCCGCUAUGAGAGGAACAUGACUCCUAAAGUGGCGUUUGUGAUGAUCAGCGUGGCCUGGACACUCUCCGUCCUCAUCUCCUUCAUCCCCGUCCAGCUCAGCUGGCACAAAGCCCAGACCUUUACCUCUACCUCCAUCACUACCUCCACAACCACCCCCUACGGCCUCCAGGCCCACCCAGACUCCUCUAACCCUGUUGGGGAUAACAACACACAUCAGGCGCCCCGGGACUGGGACAACUGUCACUUCAGCCUGAACCGGACCUACGCCAUCUCUACUUCUCUGAUCAGCUUCUAUAUCCCAGUGAUCAUCAUGGUGGUCACCUACACCCAGAUCUACCGCAUCGCCCACCGUCAGAUCAGAUGCAUCGCCACCCUAGAACGAGCCGCAGAGAGCGCCAAGAACCGACACAACAGCAUGGGAGAAGGCGGCGGAGAAUCCAGCAUCUCCGAAUCGGAGAGCUCGUUCAAGAUGACGUUCAAACGGGAGACAAAAGUCCUGAAGACGCUGACUCUGAUCGUGGGCGUGUUCGUGUGCUGCUGGCUGCCCUUCUUCAUCCUGAACUGCAUGGUGCCGUUCUGUGAGCCGUCGCCCCGCGGAGCCGCGGCCUCCUUCACCUGUAUCAGCCCCACUAUGUUUGAUGUGUUUGUGUGGUUCGGGUGGGCCAACUCUUCCAUCAACCCCAUCAUAUAUGCCUUCAACCCAGACUUCCGCAAAGCAUUCUCUAUCCUCCUGGGCUGCCACAGAUUCUGUCCCGGAGAUCACGGCAUGGGCGCGUUCAGUCUCAAUAAGAAGUGAGCUCAGAGCCUCAGAAUUCCCAGUGGUAGUAAUAAAAAACAUACAUGGAAAACAUCUGCUGAGACACUGGUCUCAGAAGAGGACCUACAGUACCAGCUGUCAUGAACGUCAGAGAACUAUAGCAUGCCAUCAUCGUCUGGUGCAUUGUAUCGCCAUAAGCAAGCAGAGUAAGCACUACAACCUUGGUGUAAAAGGUUUGUUGUUGUCAUUGAGGGUGCCGCCACCUUGUGCAGUGUCACUGGGCAUAACGUACAGUAUGAUCUGAAAUGGCACUGCAAUAAGAGUCGAGUGACCCUUUGCAGUGUCCCUGACUGUGCAGCGAGUGCAGUACAUAUGACACAUUGUGACACAUUGUGUGACACAUUGUCUCUUUGGAGUAGAUACUACAGUGAGUCAGGGCCCCAGACUCUGACCCAGUGAUGCUUUAUUGUGAAUUUUACAGAAUGUUAAAAAGAGGUCACUUUAUUACAAACGUUUUGAGAUGUAAUACAGUACUUCAAGAAAAUAUAUUAUUCUUUACAAUGUGUUCUCUUGCAAACAGUAACUUUGAUUGUGUUUUUGUUAAAGUCAAUACCAAUACUGCCAUUGUUUUAAUUGAUGGGGAACACCAAAUGACGGUUAACUGAAUAAUCUUUCUAAUGAUGGUAAUGAAAUUCAGAAAGCUUAAGGCUAUUUCAUAACAAACAUCAAUUUAAUUUGGGCUGCCAUUUUAAAUCCCUCUCCAAAGUGUUUUACCUUAUUAAUGAGCUACUCAUCUUGCAUUGUGUCUGUGGCUUUUCCAAAGCAAUGCCAGGUGUCCCAACAAGCUCUCAUAGUCUCACUGCAGAAUGAGACGCUCAGCCACGUUCUCCAAACGUCAAAUUUCGAAGUGUUUUUCCUGCUCCUGCUGCUUUGUAUCAUUCCAUUUCUCCAAACGUCAACUUUCGAAGUUAAGGGUUAAGUUUAAGCACUAAUUUAGAAUGGUUAAGGAUUAAGGUUUGGGAAAGGGUUCAAACAUUAAGUUUAGGCACUCAUUCUGAAUGGUUAAGGUAAUG